UAUACACUGUUUUGCUGAACGCUUAAGCGACUUGGGGGAACAAGUCUUAUUGCUUUUAUUUUCUUUCUUUUUAAUUACUUGUUGACUUGGGGAACAAGUCUUAUUGUUCUUUUUCUUUACUUUAAAUUUUUGUUGACCUUUUUGACAUUAAAUCUAAAGGUACUUUUUAAAUACCACAAAACUUGCUUCUGCGUCAGUUAAUGAAGUGAGUUAAGUUCCGCGUUUGAAUCGCACCUCGCCUGACUACACCGGUCUAUAUCAUCAGGCUGAGUGCCUUAACGUCCGAUACCUAAGAGAGGUGGGGACCUUUGGCACAGAAUCCUGUCGACUACGUGGAAAAGGUCGGCCAGGAAGUUUGGGUUAAUAGGGGCCGCAAAAUACAGGGGGAAGGAAUCAGACAUCCGAACGAAGGUAAAGACAUCAUAAUUGCUGUAGAACACAAUUACAUAACAUUAAAAAACACUGGUCCAGUACAUCCCUCCCAGAUACAGCGCAUCCCGGAUAGUUGAUAGCUGAUACGCAUGCGAUAAAAGACUUCGGCCUGCCGUACUUGCACACUUAAGUGUAAAAUUAGCAGAGAUUUCUUUGGCAGUGAUAGGAACGAGCAAAACCCGGACACUUGUUUUGAGUCACUGUUUUCUCUGCCAUCGUGUAAAAAGGAGAAUCAUGUCUCAUCCCAAGCUUAUCUGCUUAUCCAGGGGGCAAGUCGUGCUGAGUUCUUGCGCGGAGACGAAUCCGAUAUUAAUAGGUAAAGCUGACCCGGGGGUCCCGGAAGGCACCUAUCUGGUUUGGGAAAAAUACGAGCCAGGGACUUGUGUAUUAUGCAAGAAGGAAUGUGGAAAGGUCGUGUGGAAGGGUCUGAGGAGAGACCGUGGAAAAAUGAGAGUGCGAAAAAUGGUUGGGGGUUCUCGACCACUGGGGGUAGAGUUGAGCGGUCCCGUUAAGAUUACCUUUUGUAAAGAAUGCCUGGACCGUCGCAACGGCAGGAAAUACAACGUGAGUAGAAUAGAUCAUGCAGCCGCUGGACCAUGCUGCCUAAAAGGCGCUCAUGGCUUGGUGCCAUGCUCUGUAUUACUGACGCCUAAAAAUUUUGAAUUAGGUUACAUGUCAGUGAGAUCCCUUUCGGAAUACACUGACAACAACAUCAGCGAUGAGUUGAGAAGGGCAUACAACUGCCAGCAAGGCGGUGAUCAGGAUCUAGAGAUAAAACUAGGAAAGGGGCGUAAAGCGCAGUACCUUAAAACGGAUUUAGGACAGUAUGUUGCAGCAAACUGGACAAGCUGGUCCGUUUCUCGAAGUGAGCCGAGGGCAGAAAUAAAGUGCCCUCCUAGCCUAAUUGACUGGGUUACCACCAUAACUCAACAGUCAGAAGCGAUUUCCCAACAACGAUGGGAACAGGAAUUGAAAGUAAAAUUUCAAGGACAGAAAAUGGUGCUGAAAGCACACGUGAUCAAGUACACGACUGACUCAGGUAGAACCUGUUCAUUUACACAUAACAUUUUUGUGAAACCAGGUUCUGAGGACAAAUCUUCUGCUGCGGCUGCAGCAGCUCUCCUUAUGUGAAAAACACUACACAUUGGAAAGGGCGUUGUAGGAAGGCUUUGGUUUUAUGGUCUUUACAUAUAAUUUUGUUUUAUUUUUUCCUACGUGUUUGUUUGUUUUUGUUUAAUUCUGGGAUCAGGUUUUUGGAUUUAAAUUUUCUUUGAUUUCAUUUUUAUUGUUUAUCUUUGACUUAUUGGUAUUCGCGUUCUAUUCGCUUUUAUUCAUUUAAGUCCCGGUUGUUGCUCUUAUAUGUGACUACGUUCUGUAAGCUGUUUGUCUCCACAGGACCAGAGGAGGGGAAUGGAGGUUGUACCGAGCAUUGGUCCUGGAGAGAACACACAAGGAAGGUCAAUCAAACCCCAGGCAGGGAGGAUUAAUAAAAAAAGUAGAAAAAAGAAAAGCAAGAAAUGGCAAGCGGGGCUGUUUGUAAUUUUAAUAAGCAUCUUAAGUGUAAUCCUCUACUUACCUUGGGUAAGCCCUAGAAAGACGGUGUGGAAAAUAGGACCUACCAUGGAGAGAGAGUAUACAGCUGAUGAUGGUAAAUGGAUAGUUAUAGAAACUUAUAAAUACCUAAAGGAAGUAGAGAUCCCUAUCAUGUCAAAACUAGAGUUGGGAGACACGGAGGAAAGGAAUAGAACAAGGCUGGGGGCAUUGGCCAUAGGAAUAUUGAAACCAGGAUGGGAAUGGAAUAAAUUGCCAAAAACUAAGAAUGAACAAAUUUUGAAAUGUGGUCAGAGUCCGUGGACAGAUGCAGACCGCCCAUUGUGUGAACGGUUGAAUGAUCCUAGAUGGGAGCAAUACCAGGGUGGUAAGGAGUGGGACUGGAAAAGGUUUUUGGAGUUAUUUGAGGGAACAAGUAACAUUAAACAUACUACAAACUGUCAGGGAAUUCCUGGAAGCUGGUAUAUAGAGAAAGAGGGUAAACUGAUAGUGAAUCUGCUUAUGAAAUGUCUAAAUCAUGUUUCUCGAAUUAUCACAAAAACCUGUAGAUCCACGCUGGUGAGAGGGAUGACCUUUCACCCGUGGAAUCAAGGCCAAAAGGCGAUAGGUCCGCUGGAAUUCUGGGAUUGCAAAUGUCGUAAAGAAAAGGAUGAAAAGGGAAAUGUUACUAUUUGUGAAGAAAACCUGAGAAAAGAGACUGCAAGCGAGAGAGACGAAAUGAACAUGGAGGGGGCAGAGGAAAUUAGGAUAACCCUCUCUAACCCCCCGUCUCUAAGCCAGGAAACGGAGGACUUAUCAGAUCACAUUUGGAACAGACCAAACAAAGAAAAAAUGAAAAGAGCUGAACCUUCGGCUAUAGGACAGGAUCAAAUAUGGGCAAGGUUUACAUACAAACCGGGUCCGGUAAAAUGUAAAUAUUGCAACCUGGAGAGGUAUACUCUACAAAAUGCUUUCUAUUUUAAUUGGACCUUGUUCAAUACUCAGGGUCCUAAUUUAGGCAUACAAAUAAAUCCAGCUCAAAAAAUGCACAAACUGGCCAGGGGAAUCUUAAAUGUAUAUGAACAUUACAUAAGAGUCCCAAACUGGCACAACGAGCAGACUAGAGACUGGUUUACACAAACUAAUAUAACAGAGCCGGGAAUGGCCAAAUGGGAAUCAAAUAUGUUGGAUUGUUUGCAAAAAAGCACGGGGGACCGUUCUUUCUGGACUUCACCUCGGUUACCAAAAUUUAGACUGGAGGGUCAGCCUCGGUCAGAAUGGGACGGAAAAAUAGAUCAACUGUGGGAUAAAAAUGCAUGGGGAUCUAUACAGGAAAUGGUUGGAGAAAUGUCUCUACGACAGUUAAAAAACUCGAUAAGUAAAGAGGUUCUUAUGAAAAGACUAGCAGAGGGCAUAAAACAACUCAAGGAAGACCGAGCGGUGAACUGGGUUAAACAACUAUCAUUAGACACUGCCCCUAAUGAACGAUUCAUUUUAGCAGUGGGGGCGUGUGCCAGGCAAGUACACACACAAGCCAAGGGGGAAUUACAGGAAGUGAUGGUGGAAUUUAUGAACAAUCAAUUCGCAGCCUUAAUAACUGGAACACUAGACUUAACUAUACCAUUUGUGUUAAUAAAACCCACUCCCCAAGAGGUAUGUGAUAGAGGGAGAGGUCCUCCCUCGAUGUUUUUUGAUAAAGGAAAGAGAUUUUGUACAGACUAUAGAUUGCUGAUGGAAGCAUCUAUGUUGGGACCUGUUCAAGCAAGAAAAAUACCUGGAUGGUUGGGGAGGGUCAGGUAUGAGUAUUUCCCAUCUGAAUGUGAUAAGCCUAAUGGAGGUAUUUGGGUGUACCAAUAUGAUGCUGACCCUGCGGCCACCGCUAGACGGGCAGCUUAUUGGGAGACUCUAAUGAUGGCGACGCGAUCGCUGCGAAAUGACGAGGUAGUUGUGCAUUGGAUAAAACCAGAGCGCAUACGAGGGAAAAAUACAUGGGUGCCAAAAUGGUGCAAAUGGAACAUAGCCACAAAAAAUGUUUGGAUACCUCCACCACUCAUAGAAGAGAAAGGAAGAAGAGUGUGGAAUAUCUAUAAUUAUUUUGUAGAAUACGACUCGGUGAGUCAGGGAAUAAUAAAAUGGAACACCAAGAUGGCACAAACAGCUAAAAAAUUAAUGCGAGAUUCUGACCAUUGGCCUACGCUUGUCCCAAAUACUGUAGUGAUCGGGGCAGCCAUGGCAAAAUGGAAAGUUUAUUGCAAAGGACCGAACAGUAAUUUAGACGGUUUUUAUGGCCAACUGCCUACGAAAGAUUGGUAUGAGGCCAUGGGUAAAAGACUGAUGGAAGAGCAAGAUAAUGAGAUCCACGAAAUGUUAAACAGUAAGGCCCCUGAUGGGGAGAUAUUUUGGAGAUGGAAAAUCAAAAAUGGUGUGCAAUGCUACCCAUCUCACCAGGCGACUCUGGUUACCGGUAAUUACACCUGGACAGGAGUGUGGUGGACUUUAAUUCAGAAGGGAAUAACAGAACUCCCAGGGAUGGCUGCAGAGACAGCGGCUAGUAUCGUCAAAACGAUGUUUGAUAAAACAAUCUCACCUGUUCUUUACACUUUGUGGGAAACGGUUCAAUACAUAGCGUAUCCCCUAUUAGGACUAGUGAUAAUCGGAAUGAUGACUAAGGCAUCUUUGCGAGUGAGGCAGGUGUCACUGCGAUGCAGAAAAACAGGAAACGGUUUGACCGCAGAAGAGGCCCACCUGCUAGAGAGGCGUCACGAGUAGGCAGUGAGAGAGACCCCUCGGAUAAAUAUCAGGUCUUCAGAAGAAAACAGUUAGUCACUCACGGGCGUGAAAGACAAGCUACACUUCUUUACGAAUAAUACCGAGCAAAAAUAGAAACAGGUUACCAUGGCAAACAACUCUGCAAAUCAGACCACUCCUGAUCUAGGAGGACAAUCGGGUGGUCAAAUCGAGUGGUCUUCUUUGGUAGGAAAUAUUUUAAUGUCCUGUGUGCUUACUAGUUGUACAAUAGACAAAGUAUCAUUAUACAUAAUAACUACUAUUGUGUAUGGAGGAUUGAAUUUAGCUCGAUUUCUUUUUAUGGGAAGGAAGCUACCAAGUUCAACGAUCAUUUUUAUAGGACUAGGACUGAAAGGAAUCAAACUAAAAGGAUGGAAGAUAAUUAAUUUCACUAUGUUUUGUGUCAGCCUGCUAGGAAAUAUUUUAGAAUAUUGUAGAAAAUUUCCUAAAUGGAUGGGCUUGCCAGGAAGAUCGUGGAUGGCAUUAGGAGUACUUUCAAUGGAUGUACUAUUGGUCUCCACUUACUUAGCAUAUCUGAGUAGGAUUAUAACCAACAAAACCCAUGAGUUAAUAGGACGAGUGGCUAUUCGACUAACAGGACUGGCAUUGAUCAGUACUGCAUUGUACAUGUUAGGAUACGCUGCAUGUAUUCCGCUGAUAGCUUAUACGUUUUAUACCGCGGGAAAAGAACGAUUGAACCCUCGCUUUUCAGGUCAAAUACAUACCGACAGAGAAAGCGAAAUACUGUAAAGAAAAUAAUCCCACCCCUCACUUGUCACAGGAAAAAGACGGAGGGCGGCAGGUGGACAUUGGGGAGCCAGGAGAGGAGACCAUCCGGGUCUCUUUGUUUUUUGCGAGCUACAGGGAGGAUUUGAUGUCAGGUGGAACAGAUGGAAUGGACACUCGGCCCAAUACGCCUGUUGGACAAGUUUCAUUAGAUCAAAAGGGUACUGAUUAUGAUAAUAUUGACUUUGAUAAUAUAGGAAAUGUUUAUGUAAAUACUGAGGAUUUGGGUUUAGUUGACUUAUCGGACACGAUAGAUCUUCAGCCUGAGGAGAAUGAAUGGGGUGCGUCUGAGGGGGUGUAUGCAGAAAUGCAAAAUGUGAAGCAAGAAGGGGAACCAACCCUUCCAGAAUUAAUGGAACCCAUAGGGGGCAUACAAGUGACUUUUACUCAGCCAGAGACGGGGGAGGUCGAGGGAAGAAUUGGGGCUCCAGUUAAUCCCGAGGCAACCACUAUGCCCCCUGAAGGCGAUUUAACGCAUAGCUCAGUAGAGGCGGGCGCACCGGCCGAUGAGAAAAACCAAGAACCUAGCGUUGUAGACGGGAAGUCUAUCAUUGCGCCAGCACCAUCUGUGAUUAUGCAAACUGGUCGAGACAUACUUUACCCAAUAGACGGGAUUGCCCUUAGACAGAAAGACAAAAAGAAGUUGCGACUGCCCCAGAGACAUGCUGCUGAUUCUAAUUUCGUCUCGCAUGGGAGAAGUAUGAAAGAAAGUACGAAAGAAAGUAUGAAAGAAAGUGUGAAAGCGGUCUCUGAACCCGUGAAUGAGAAGAG